AUGUCCCAAUAUGUUUGGAAGAAAAAGCCCUCAAACCCAUCAGACCCUAGGGGCAUUUUUCUUGUUCAUGCUAAAAACUGGAAUCACUCAUUAUAUGGAUAUUUGUCUAUGAAGGAUGCUUACCUGCACCUAGUUCCUGCUGGUCAACAUGUUCCUUGGAGUUCUACCUUAUGGAACUUAGCAAUUCCUCCAUCGAAAUCUCUAUUGGUGUGA